AUGAUACGUCAGCCGUCGGCCGCUUGUUAUUUGACUCGCCAUUCCCUUUGGACCCAUCUUGCAUCCAAAUCGUCUCGUCAUUGUGCACAUCACUCCAAAGGUCAUGCAAUGACGCCCAAGUUGGCUCCCUGUAAAGAUGAAGGUUUUGAUCCGCAUACCUACACCGGCGGCCGGUGGCUUCGUCACGAUAAGCUGGAGAGGGACUCGCGCUACAUCAAAUUCAACUUCAGCGCCCUUUGCCAGAGGGUUCUUGAGCUAUGCCCAGGAGCUGAGUCGAUCACAAGCUACCAGAAGACGGAAGGAGGCUUCAACCGGGUCUUUAUUUUCACCCUGAGUAAUGCCAAACGGGUCGUGGCUAGGCUUCCAUUCACGCUGGCGGGCCCGUCGAAAUUAGCCACGACCUCUGAAGUUGCCACGAUCAAGUAUCUACAAGCAAAGACCAGUAUCCCGAUACCGCCAAUCCUCGACUGGAGCAAUGAUUCUACAAAUUCCAUUGGUAGCGAAUAUAUCAUCAUGGAACAUGCAGCUGGUGUUCAAUUACACAACAAAUGGCCAGAUAUGGCGGCUGAUCAACAAGUCAGAUGCAUAGAUGCGAUUUAUCGGAAGGCUAAAGAAAUGAUUGACAUAGAAUUUCCCGCUUUUGGGAGCCUGUUUUUUGUCGAUAGUCCACUGGAUUCUGGUCACAAAACUCCUCUGGACGAGAUGUUUUGUAUCGGACCUCACUGCGGAUCUCGGUAUUGGGAUUGCAAUGUUAGUGAGCCAAAAUAUUAUCAUAACACAAAACCUAAUAAUGGCCCUUGGACUAAUCUUGACCACUAUUGUGACGGUCUCAUUGAUGCUGGUCUUUCAGGGAUCCCACCGGUCGAUAUUGAGCUUGAGAAGCGACCCAGUUUUCAUGGAUCUACUGAGUUGCACGUCAACCUCUUGAAACACGCCCGCACCGUCCUGAAGAGAAUGUCUGCAGAUUCUCAAGUCCAAUCUGCUGCUACUCCAGCGCUGUUCCACCCUGAUCUACAUAAACGGAACAUAUUUGUGUCGGAAGAUGACCCUUCUAUUGUGACCGGUAUUAUUGAUUGGCAAUCGGCUAGUAUCGAGCCGGCUUUCUGGUAUGCAGAUGGGGUACCAGAUUUUGCCGAGCCUGGAAGCCUAUGCGCCAAAACAUUUGCGGUUUGCUCCCAGUUUCUCACGCCAAAACUCUUUGGCCCCAGGCUGAUGGAUGAAAAUCUUUUUCGGCCGUUUCGCUACAGCUACAGGACAUGGAAGGACGGCGCCGUGGCUCUUACCUACGAGCUAAUUGAAACUUCCCGAAGUUGGAAGGAGUUAGGACUUGCAGGUUCCAGCCCAUACCCUCUACCUACACAAAAAGAGCUAGCGGACCACGAGAGGGAGUACAAGCUUUUUGUAGCAGCCCAGAAUUUGAAACGCGACCUGUCUAGCCUUCUCAACACCGCAUCCGAUGGAUGGGUUCCUCUAGAGGACUGGGAAGAAACUAAAUCAGCCCACCGGGAAGUUUUUGACGGUAUGUUGAAUGCUGUAUUGACGAAUGACGACUCAGACUAUGACGAGCCAGUAAAAGACGAAAAGGUCUUAAGAUCAAUCUGGCCAUUUGAUCUUAAUACUUAA